AUGUCUAAAUUGAUAAAGACCGCGGAGGAGGACAGUCCCUAUCUGGCACCACUAUCAUACCCAUUACCACCACCAGGGGGGGAUGUUACUAUAGCAAACAUUAUAGACACGCAAUAUCUUGGGUACAAGGCGAAAGUCCUAGUAUGGGAUCUGUACCAUUUUAAAGAUCCAGAUUCAUCGUAUCGCUUAGGCAGCGCGCCCGACAAAACCUUUUACAUCUGCCAUCCGUACUUUUCUCAGCAUGAAGCCGAAUAUAUCGCAAAUGCACGUACCCGUGUACAUCAGGACCGGGUAGGUGCCCCUUAUGUCCAAAGCGUGCGAGACGCCCUUCUCGAACACUUCAAAGCCUUUGGCGUAGACCGGCAUCGAAGACUAGGCGACAUAGCAAAUAAUACACUGCCUACUCCCCAGGAAAUAGCACAUAUAUACUUGUUUGUGUUUGGAAUCACGUUCGUACAGCUAGGCGGCGUACGAUUUCAACGUCAGCUCAGCAAAUACGGCCUAAGACCCGUUCCGUGGGAGGAUUUCACAGAAAACACUUAUGAAAAACUAGAAAGUGGCCCAUUAAACACUGUCCAAUAUAGUGGCAGUGGUGUAUACUUACCUAAAAUUACUGGAAUUACUGGUUAA